AUGGCUGAGCUUUCAGAGCAUCAACCUCCACAAGAGGCAGACGCUGAAAGUAUCCCCCAGGUCGAGGAGCAACAUUUUCCGCGGGAAAUGGUUCCUGAAGCUGUUCAGACAGCGGAGUCUGGAAAUAGUCCUCAGACGGGACUACCAGCUGAGCCAACCGACGACUUAAGCCAUCCACAGAAUCAAGCUCCGCUACAGAUUGAUGAAGAUAACUCAUCAACCGAUUCCGCCUAUGGCUCCUCGGUAGCAUCCUCAAGCGACUCUCUAGGCUCCUCUGUCACAAAUUACCUAUACGAGAACGGUCGUCGAUAUCACGCAUACAAAGAAGGCGAAUACUAUCUCCCGAAUGACGAAACAGAGCAAGCACGUCUAGAUCUUCAACAUCAUAUAUACCGGCUCUGCCUGGGAGGAAAUCUAUACUGCGCACCGAUCAAAGAUCCACAAUCAGUUCUCGAUAUUGGAACAGGAACAGGAAUAUGGGCUAUCGAAUUUGCAGAUGAAUUUCCAGGCGCGGUAGUCAUAGGAACGGACCUUUCACCCAUUCAACCCAACUUUGUGCCACCAAAUGUCAAGUUCUACGUCGACGAUUUUGAACAACCAUGGGAUUAUCAGGAAGUAGGGAAGUUUGAUUUCAUACAUUGGCGGUCCUUGAGUGGGAGUACUGGAGAUUGGUCUAAGCUAUAUGGACAGGCUUUCAAUAAUCUGAAGCCGGGCGCCUUUUUGGAGGUGCAUGAAUAUGAUGCAGAUGUUUACAGUGAUGAGGACCCAAAUUUUGAAAAGGCACCGUGGACAAGGAGCUGGUGCGACACUUUGAACGCGUCAAGUACUGCUUUCGGGAAGACUUUGAAUGUUGGACGCUUCCAUAAACAAUGGAUGGAGGAGGCUGGGUUUGUGGAUAUUAAGGAGAAAGUUGUGAAGUGCCCUAUAGGGCCCUGGACUAAAGACCCGCAGCUUAAGGAACUUGGACGGUUCGAGCGAUGGCAUAUGAAUGAGUCGGUGGAGGCGCAUUCUAUGGCUCUAUAUACACGAGUUUUAAAUCAUUCGGUGGACGAGGCAAAGAUAGCAUUUGAAAUGGUCAGAAAAGAGUUCAACGACAGGAAACUUUUCCUCUACACUGUAUAUCGAUUUUACCACGGAAGAAGAAGACCAGAGGUUUGA